GCCAAUACACACUUCAUUAGUGUGAAACAGUUCAUUGAUUUCCUAGAUACAAUACAAAUCGUCAUAAAUUAUAUUAUUUGGUUAAUAUGUAGUGACAUUGUUUGGAAAGUACUGGCAUGGAUAAGUUCUUACAUCGCGUGUUAUUUGCUAUUGCAUAUUUCAUUUUAUAUGUAGAGCAAAGUCAUAUUGUUUUAGGGAAUGUGUCGCGAAUCGUGGGGGGACACGAUGCGCCAGCACGAUUCGGGCGCUUCCACGCUUCUUUACGUAACUUGACGGGGCAUCAUGUUUGUGGAGGUGCUGUUGUAUCCAAAUGGCACGUUGUUACCGCUGCGCACUGUGUUUUUGGAGCGAAUCCCCAAUACAUUAAAGUAUUUAUAGGGACCACUCGCUUAGAUCGAGGAGGAAAGCGAUACAAUGUAUCGGCAAUACACAUUAAUGACAACUACAACAGAAGUACCCGCAGUAAUGAUAUUGCAGUCGUGACUAUAAAAGGCACAUUUGAUUGUUGCUAUGCUGCAGGGAUCAAAAUGCAUGAAUAUGAAUUGGUUGAAGGUGAUCCUGUUACCAUAACCGGAUUUGGGGCAUUGGAGCCAAAAGGGGAUUCAAGUCCUCAACUGCGAGCAUUAAAUGUAACCGUUUUCAGUCAAGCCACUUGUGUUUAUGCAAUGCGAUACUCUAGAGAAGUAACGAGUAAUAUGUUUUGUACAUUUACUAAAAUUGGGGAAGGAACAUGCCAUGGUGAUUCUGGGAGUCCCGUGACGAAAGACGAUAAGCUGGUUGGAGUAGUAUCAUGGGGCAUUCCGUGUGCCCGUGGAUUCCCCGACGUUCAUACAAGGAUAAAACCUUUCAUUGGUUGGAUAAAGAAAUUAAUUAGAGCUCAUUACUGUGGACUAAAAUCAAAUUAUAAGGAAGUGGUUAAGACAAUGAAACAUGUUAAAUGAUCUCUUAGUUACGAUGGUUAGUGUUAUUCAUUUGUUAGUUCCAUUGAGUAUCUAUAUUAAAUAACCUGUAAUAUUUUUACUUCAGGGUAUCAAUAAAUAGUUACUCACAUA